UCACAUGGAAAGAGUUAAAAAGUGAGUGGGGCUUGAACAGGGAAUAUUCUCAGGUAAGACUUGCUCUACCUGUUCCCACUAGUCAGUUAUUUCGUGUUCACUGCCAAUGAUGGUAGCAAUUGUUAUGAAAAGGUACAGUUAAGAGGUAUUUCAGUGAGAAAAGAAGAAGCAAUCGAGUUGCGAUACAUUUCAAGUGCAAUCAGUGACUUUUCCACUUGAUCUAUAUUGCGGAAAAUGCACUGAGAAUGUGGAGAUUUAUCGUAAUUACUGUGACACUGUUCAUCCAAUACGUUCACGGGGUCAAUUUGGUGGCCUACAUAUCGCAAUUUGGUCUCCACGGUGAAAUACACUUCUCUUUGUCGAGUGAUUACAAAAGGAUCCAAAUUGAGACUCGGCUGGAAACAACACUUCAAUAUCCCGAUCAGAUAUGGAGUUGGAGUAUUCAUCUUCUACCAGUGGAUUAUAGUGACCCAAAUCCCAGACGUCGUUGUGAAGCUAAAAAGCUGGGCACGCAGAUUCUAUUUUUCGACGACGCCCUUGGAUACCUAACCCUACCCGGAAAUGAGACAUCCAAGUGGCAAACAGAAUUUACACUUACAGGAGAUCGCGGUCUAUGGGGGAAAUCUCUGCUUUUGAGCAAUCCCAAUACAGGAUUUCGUAUAUGUGCAACAAUAACAACAAGGGAUUCAAGUCUUGAACAUAUUGCUGAAGCCAGAUUCAUCUCACCAAUCGCCGGAUCUGUCUACUUCAGGUGGUUAGCAGCCAAAGAAACAGAUCAUGCUGAUACACUAAUUUAUUCGAAUCUUUAUCACAUCCGGGAAUUGUCGAGGAAGACUGGAAAUGCUCCAUUUACACAACAUAUUUGGAAGAUCUAUGUAACGGAUAUACUGAAUUCUGACAGCGAACGUUUGGAAGAGAACUGCAACGUCCUACAAUUGGUAUUUGAUCCUGAAAAUCGAGGGGACGGGAAAGGAAUUGGAGAUAUAGAUUCUAGAUUAGGCAAACUUAAAAUCGCCACAAAUCCGCAUGUACAGGAAUUGCGAGUGCUCUUCCGUGAUGAUUCUCUUGUUCUGCUACCCAGUGAUUUUACUGGACCACAGAGACAACUGUAUCUAGUUCUUUUCGAUUCAAAUCAUCCAGAAAAUUUUCUGGCCUGUGCAAAAAUUCGUCAUGUGAAACCAAAGAAAUUAAAAACUUUCAUCAAUGGCGGAGGCAUUAAAGGUGAAAUUACCAUUAGUCAGCGAUCUCGUUUCGAUCCCACCUGGCUUAAUUUCUCAAUGUCAGCCUCUAGCAAUGACUUGGAAUCAAAUCUUCUGUAUGCUAGAAAUGUUGCUAGCUUUAAAAUAACCACCCUUCCGCCGACUCCAAUAGGUACUAACCAAUCAAAUUUCUGCACAAGUGGAGGGCCAGUGUAUAAUCCUCUGAAUUUGGAUUUGAGUAUCUUACCACCUCCUGGCUUCGGAACUCAAGAACAGUAUCCCGUAGGAGACUUGACGGGAAAACUUCAAAAUCGGAGUCGCCAGGAAGAGCACUCUUUUUACAUUCCCGGUGCCAGUUCGGAACUUAGUGGGAUAUACUGGGAUGUGUUUUUACCUCUUGAUGGUCCCUACAGUGUUGGACAUCGGGGAUUUAGUGUCCAAAAAUUCAAUCGGACCAAACCAAGUAAUAUUACUGAAGACAUAUGGACAUGCGGUUUCCUGACAUAUUAUCAUCCGAUGAGAGACAAAGCACCUCUACCUAUGACAACAGCUCAAAUUCUCUUCAAUUAUCCAAUUGUGGGUCGGGUACUAUUGCGACAACCUCAAGAUGAACCCCUGGAAGAUACGAUUAUCAUAUUUGAAUAUCUUAUCCAUGCUGAUGGAUCGGCCCUUAACAAUUCUAUGGGACACCGUUGGGCUAUUCAUGAACAGCCCCCUGGUAAAGAUUUUUACAAUUGGACAGGAAGAUGCUUGAGUACAGGAGAUGUUUACAAUCCCUAUAAGGUAAAUUUUAAUGAGAAGUCUCCAGAACUUACAUGCACUGGAAGACCAGGAAGUGUAUGCCGUCUGGGAGAUUUGUGGAAUCGCUUGGGUACACUCAAUAUAGCCGGAAGCAUUACGGAAGCGCAAACUUUCAGCCGGAAACUGUUCAUUGAUCGAAAUCUUCCUCUUACGGGACACAAUAAUAUUAUGGGAAAGAGCCUUGUUAUCUAUGAUGAUUUUGGACCAAAAGCCAGGGGAGAUCGACUUGCGUGCUCAAAAAUUGGAAGUCAAUUUCGACGGAAGGCUGUAGCACGCGAUUGGUAUUCAAAUGGAGAACUAUUAUCUGUUGCUGGGAAAUUAGAAAUGAUACAACAAUCGGAGUAUGAUGUUACUGGGCUGAUAGUUGAACUUAAGGGUUUAAGCGAAAAUAGCGGAUAUCACGUUCAUAUGACUCCAGUUGAAAGCGAUUUGGAGUUCCCAUGUGAAGAUUCAACUCUUUAUGGACAUUGGAAUCCAAGACAGGUUGACCCUAAGCUAUCACCUCCUCCUUCCAAAGGAAGCACUGAUCAGUAUGAAAUGGGGGAUCUCAGUGGAAAGUUUGGAACACUCGAUGGUUUAUACCAAAAGAGUAGCUUUUACAAUGAUACUUUGCUGCCUUUGUAUGGAUAUGAAAGCAUUCUAGGACGGUCUAUAGUAAUUCAUAAAAAAGAGAAAAAUCUUAGAUGGGCUUGCAGCACAAUUGAGAGGGGCUACAGUCCUUCUGAAGCUCGCGAAAUUCGGGCCAUAGCGUCAUUCCAUCAUCCAGCUGGAUAUGCUUAUGGUUACAUCCGAUUUACUCAACUCAUAAGCACAGACGGAAGUCAAAGUGAUACUAUCAUAGAAACGAAUCUUCAGUACCCAGGCAAAAAUGAUCGCAAUGUUUCGUAUAAUCACAAUUGGCAGAUUUAUGUUAAUCCUGUGGGGGUUGAUGCCGCAGUCCAACAGGUUGCAACAAGAUGCGUAGCUGGGGGAUAUGUGUGGAAUCCAUAUUACACGCAAUUGGCUGAUCCUCUAAAUGAGGAGCUCUAUCGACAAGAAUGCGGGCCUAAUAAUCCACUUCGAUGCUACGUCGGCGACAUCUCUGCUCGUCUCGGCCCUAUUGAUAUUGGCAACCGCCGACAAGUUUUUACGGAUCCGAAUUUACCCUUAGAAGGAGCUGAAACCGCAGUAGGACGAUCAAUUGUGAUAUUUGGACCAAAUUUUAGCAAAGAUCGUUUUGCUUGCGCAAACAUUGAGCCUGAUCAUGACAUUGUAAAGUACAUCAAUAUUCAGAAACCACCAAGAUUUGUUGUGGCCCAAUUCCUGGAAGAUGUCCGUCACGUAAUGGGAGUUCCCAAGUGGAUGUUGGCAAUUGAUUCGCGCAAAACCAAAGCAUUACACAGUGGAGCAUGUGUCCAAAUGAUUAUUCAUUUUAAAGGACAUGAAGCUCAUAAACUAGAACAAGAUUUCUCCAGAUUAAUUGGAUCUGGACGACUUGAUGCCCCCAGUAUUUAUAUUCCAGGAUUUGUCAACACUAGACGCAAAAAGACCUUAUCUUACAAAAUUUGCGGAGUUCGAGAUCCAAAUGAAAGAAAUGUUCGACCAGGAAAAUUAGCUGAGAGCGGUCAAACAAAAAGUCACAUUGCAACUAUCCUUUUACUAUUGAGUUUAAUAAUUACACUUCGCAGUAUUAGUUAGAGGUUGAUGUAAAUAGUUUACCAAGUGUUGUGAUAGAUUUAAAAAUUUAGGUAAAUACAAUCUCAAUUAGAAAGUAACUUCACUUUUGAUACCAACAUCAUCGGCAAAAUAAAGGUUUUAGCAAAGGGUAGGCACUGUACAAGAAUUCUUUGUAAUUAAUUUGAAUGUUCUUUAUUUUUCGUAUUAAAAGUGUGAGCAAUACAUAGAA